AUGCUCGAAAAACAACCCCAGACUGUCCUCUCCGUCGAGGUAAAGGACUUUUCCCGCCUCAGCCACAUUCACUGGCGUGCCCCGACAGUUAUGGGCGUGGGCUUCCUCCUUGGGAUCGUGCUCAUGGGCCUUCACCACGCCCUCUAUCAAACUUUAAGCGGCGAACCUGCCGACCACGCUCUUUUACAGCUCUGGGCCAUCCGCGGUGGCACGGCGAUCGCAUUUCUUUCAAAGCUAGCGAUGGCAAUUGGCACAGGAGUGGCGUAUGAUCAGUGGAUGUGGGUGGAUUUGCAUGCAAAGCCGCACGAGAUUGGGAGUCUAGACUCGAUGUUUGCGGUUUUGGGUAAUGCAUUUGAGUUCCUGGCUGUGGGGGUCUGGGUUCGACGCCCGGUGUUGGCCUUUCUGGCCGCUGUGACCUGGUUGCUUCCUAUUUCCGCCAUUAUCACACCCGGAACGCUGUCCAUCCAACCCGUGAUAGUCGCCACGAACGGCACACUCAAAGUCCCUCAACGAGAGUAUACGACGAACAACAAUCUAUACUGCGGCGUGACUACCAAUGGCGACACCACAAUGUAUGCAACGAUGGCCACAGGUCUGCUGAACCCGACUUUCUCCACGGUUCUCUCCAACAGCGUCCUGCCCGUUCAAUCCUCCAGCUCAAAUCUCACUUACAACCUGCAAUUCUUCGGCCCGGCUAUCUCAUGCGACUUGGCCGGAGGCGAAGCUUUCGCCUGGGCCAAGAAGGCUAUGCUCCAGUAUGAGAAUAUGACUGACAGUCGGGUGUUUUACUUUGGUUGGGCACCUCAACCGGGCUGGGGUCCCGAGGUGAACGGCUCGUUCUUCGCAUCUACCGAUGUUCAGAUUGGGAAUAACCGUCUUGACUUCACCUCGCAGGACGCGGCGCGAGUGUUCAUCUACCUCAACACGACUGGUGUUGACGAGUCAGGCAAUCGUAUUCCUGGGUUUGCUGGUGAGCCUGAGGCGCAGAUGAUGACCUGCAAGUUGUAUAACGCAUCUUAUGCCGCACAUUUCGAGGUCAAGAGUACCGGUGCCCAAUUCAUCACUGCGUCCCCUACAUUCGAGAACUGGAUGCCGGCACUUGCCACGAUGCAAGGCACACCCGCCGAACCACUGGUCAGUCGACAGAUGAACAUGCAAGCCGUCAUGGAGGCCUUUGCCAUGAUGGUCACCGGUCCGAUCACCUACUCGAACGACGUCAACUUCCCCACGACCAACUCGGUCUACUCGCUGGGGAUGAAUCAGGCGCUGUUUCCCUCGCGGCCAGGACUGACCCAAACAGAGAUGACCAUGAGGCAAGCGAGGCAGAACGAGAUGUUGUUCCAGAAUAUUACGUUGAGUAUGCGGUAUAGUGUCGUCUCUGGACACAUCGGACCAGACAGCACGACCGCUCCGGCAAAUCGCCAGGUUUUCCAAUCUCAGUUCGUAUAUGAGCCGCGCACGCUGCUGAUUGCAUACGGUAUCAGCGCGCUCUUCGCUUUGAUAUGCGUGCUGCUCGGUGUCCAUGCGCUGCUUCGCAAUGGUGCGUCCUACACGAGUUCCUUUUCGACAAUCGUGCGCGUCACGCGGGACCGGGCGCUGUCGAGGUUAAUUGCCGACGAAGGUGAUCUGCAGGGCGCGGAGCCUGUGCCGAAGCACAUUCGCAGGGCUGGAGUGCGGUUGGGCAGAAAUGCAAAGUCGGGUUCGCCGACUUAUGCUUCGAGCUGGAUUUGA